GCCAGACUAAGGCAUUCAAGAUCCCCCCAGUUGAUUCCAGUUUCUUGCUUUCUUCGCCACGGCUGCUCUGUAGCCUCCCCUACCCCCAGCCCCGCCCCGGCCCUGGUCAGCGAAGAUGGGCAAUAUAUGCGGCAAGUCCGAGAGCGAGGCUUUCUCGCAGCCGGGCCGGGUCCUUGGAUCCGCUCCCCCCCAGCCGCAAUCUGUGCCCGUGCCAGCCCACGUUGGAGGACCGCCGCGGACACUUGGGGGUGCUUCACCAUUGGCGGAAGCUCAAGCUCAGGGGGAUAACCGGGCUGCCGCUGCAGACGACGCGCGGACACGUGCAGCUGAGGCAGCAGAGGCGAGAGCUCAAGCUACAGCAGCAAAAUCAUCAGGCAAACUAGGUUCGCAGUUGGCCGCCCAGAAGAAACAAACCAGAAAUGAGACGCUCCAGGAGAUCAGCAACAAUGAGAGGCGGCAGCGCGAUGCGGAUGAAGCAGCACAGGCACGGAAUCAUAAUUAAGUAAACUUGGAAUUAGAUGUAUGCAACUGAAGAUCGCAUAGCGACUACAGUUUAUCUGCUGGGAAGUUAUUGUACAGCCUACUUUUUACUAAUCUGUACAACCGGGAAGAUCGUAAUGUUUUUGAGCUGCUCUUCAAGCGUUACCGUCGAUAUUGCCCUAUCUAACGAUACAUGACUGAA